GCCGGUUUCGCUCUUGUUCGUAGCAAGCAGGGGGCGUUGCUGGGCGAGGUUUGCGCUUGUGAAUUUCGCCCAAGACUCUGUGCUUCUGAUUUCGGGCUCACGGCGAGGCGAGCAAGAAUGCAUCGUUGCCUUUCUGAAGAUGGUGUGAACUAAGUAUCAGGUCCAUCAUCAACUUUGGCAAUUUAGGCAGUGACCUAGUGGUGCAGAGAAGAACAUCUUGACCGGAAUUUAUGAGUUAGCUAUUUCUAUCGUCUGUAAGAAUGAGAGACUUCCGUGGAGAUGGGAGGGAGGCGAAGGCGGGGGACUCUGACUAUCGGGUCGACUGGAAAGGAGAAAGAGACAUGAGGACGGAAAGGAAAGAGAGCAGAGACCACCGAGGAGGAGAGUCUCGGGGAGAAGGCCGAGAAGGAAGGCGAGGAGGUGAAGGCAGGGAGUCUAGCAGAGGUGGUGGUCUUAGUGAAUCACGAGGACUCAAGUCUGACGACAUCCGCAUGAGCAUGCAAGAAGCAGGAGAGGUGAGAGAAAGUUGGGGAAGUCGAAGUUUUUUAAAACAUCACGUUGAAGAGGAAGGGGAGAUUGGAGAGUUCACAGAUGACGCAGUCGCAGAGAGCACGAGAGUGGAGAGCCGGAAAAGAGGAGAUACUCGAGAUGAGAGAGACCGAGAGGAGCCUCGGUUUAUGUCGUCUCGAGAUAAGAUCGAGAGGAGGGGUGAUUUGCAGGUGCAUAUAUCCUUUCAGUCCUCCUCUGCGCAAAGAGAGAGCCUGCGAGAGGAGAAAGAGAAAGAAAGGGAGCGCUUUGAAAAGGAGAAAGAGAAGGAGAAGGAGAAAGAUCGGAUGAAGGACAAGGAGCGGCAUAAGGAGGAGAGCGCAAAGGAGAAACCCAGUGGCAAAGAGGCGGAAGUUGAUAGUUGGAAAGACAGUGAGAGUUUUCGCAGACAGGGAAAUACAGACCAAGAAGACAAAGAUCAUAAUGUAAGUGAGAGGACGGAGAAGCAGAGAUCCACUGUAACUGCCGAGUUUGAUGAGGCCACAGUUGAGACCAGUGCUGUGAGAGAUGCCGAGGACACCAAUAAGGAUAGCCUUGACGCCGAGGUGAAAGAGACAAAAGAGCUGGAAAAGAACAAGAUGGACCUUGGUGAGGAAGAUAAAGGAAAGAGAAAGAUUAGAGACAGCGAUAGAGAUAGAGAAGAUACCAACGCAGAUGCAGAAGAUUACGAGAGGGAAGCGGUGUCUAGCUAUGGUAUACAACGAAAGAGGAUGCUGCGCCCUCGAGGACACUACCAGGCAGCUAGCAGGGAGGUAAGACCUCGCUUUCGUGCCAAGGAUCCUGAGGCUUACUCUAGCCGGACAGCAGAGUCAUGCACUUUGUUGUAUCGUGUUGGUGAAGGACUACAGGAGGAAAUGCGCAAGAUUCGUAAGGAUUAUGAAGGGAGGUUACCCACGAUGGGUUCUGACAUGCAAAGCGUGCAUAGUGCCCCUACAAUUGAAGUCCGAAUUCCUGCAGAGUUAGCAACUACAUCGAAUCGACAGGUUCAGGGUAGUCAGCUGUGGGGCACUGAUGUCUACACUGAUGACUCAGACUUGGUGGCAGUUCUUAUGCAUACUGGCUAUUACAUACCAAAUGCGAAUUCCCCUCCAUCAUCAAUUUUGGAGAUAAGAGUGACAAUCCGGAUUCUACCUCCACAAGAGAAUUAUCACUCUACCUUGAGGAACAAUUUGCGGUCUCGGGCUUGGGGGGCGGCAGGUGGCUGUAGCUACAGUGCGGAUCACUGUCAUCUUUUGAAAAAAGAUGGCGGAAAAAUUCAGCUCGAACCCCGAUUGAUCUUCACUCCAGUAUAUGCACCAACACUUGCCCCUGCUGUCACCGAACGGACAGUCACAACUCGUGCAGUAUCUAUGAGUUCUUACAGGCAGCAACGGUUUGUCCAGGAAGUUACUAUCCAGUAUAAUUUGUGCAAUGAGCCUUGGCUCAAGUAUAACAUGAAUAUAGUUGCUGACAAGGGUUUGAAAAAAUCUCAGUACACCUCCGCUCGCAUCAAGAAAGGUGACGUCCUAUACGUAGAGACUCAUUCCAACCGUUAUGAGCUUUCGUACGAGGAGCCGAAAUCUUCUGGAGCUAUCAUUCCUGCAAUAUCUGAGAAGGGAAAGGAGAAAGCAGAAGGCACUGAGAAGCCUCCACCUCAGACAUUCUCUUGUUCUCAUGGAGAGAAAAACCACCAAACACAGAUAGUCCCUGUCAGUGACAAAGCAAGUGCAUCCACUCCUGGUGAGAAAUUUAGGUGGACUCAUUGUAAAUGGCCCUUACCUCUUGUGGCUAUGCGUGCGAAAGGUGUACCACUUCCUCCCGAUUGUAUCAAGGUGUUGGAGUCGGGCUUGGGAUGGGAGGAGGUUUUGUGGUCACCUGCAGGUGUAUGUGUGCGUGGCAAAGAGUAUCCUCUCGCAAGGGCGCAGUUUGUGUCUCGGAACAGCUGAGGACACAAAGAUCUGAGUUACUUCGUCCACUUUCGAAAAGUCUGAUUGAUCUUCCGAAGAAGCCAGAUGACGAGUUUCUUUCCAAGCAGCAGACGUGCUAGGUCUGACGCUGCACGAAAUGGCUGAUGGAGGCUGAAAACAGUCUUGUGUCCAAUCCCUGUGUAAAAUGACUGGCAGAGAGAUUGAGGUGAAAGAAGAUGUGUCGUUUGCUGAACAUGGUUGAAAGUCCUACUCAAUUUUGGAACCCCUAUUCUUCCGAGGUAGGACUUAUUAUAGAACCUGACCCAUUCUGAUUAAAGGACUGUCCAUAUUACUCUGUAUACUUCCGGGCUCUCGUAAGCAGCGCGUGGCAGUCUCAGAUUUCCUUCAUGGUGCGUUGUGUUGUUACAGGGAGUGGACGCUUUCAUAGGUGAAAGCACUGUACGUGACCGUUCCGAAGGUGUACAAAGUCGGGGUGGAAUCAGAACUGUCUUCACCAGAUUGAUCAGCCGGAUUAAUUAUCAAUCUUCAAGCCACCGUCAGAUGGAAAAUCCAGUGAUCUUUGUACAGAAUGAUAGUUAGAGGAUCCGAGGCAGUUAAAAGCACAUGGUGCUUCGAUUUCAGAACGUUGCAGUAGACUGUCGUCCUUCUUGAAGGACUCUACAUAGGAAUGGGCAUUUUAUUUGGUCUCCAGAACUUGAUUUCUGUUCUUUAGUGAAACUUUGAAAUGUCAGAUUAGAAGGCAGUGACAGAACCAAGUAUGCUUGUCUGGUCGCCAAAUUAUCCUCGAUUUUAAGGCAGUGAUGCACGGAGUAUUGAGUACUCCACAUAAUCUGAAGGCUCCGAAGACAGCUAUCAGGAAUUGUUUCAUGUCGUAGAUCUGAGGAGCAUUUUUGUUCUAUGACAUUCGUUUCGGGACUAUUCUUGUGCCAUUAGGCCCUCCUUUCCAACCUGAAAUCCAAGGAGCUACUUCAGGCACUUAAUAUCAUAUCAAAUUAUGCCCUUGUCUG